CCAAAACCCUUUUGAGGGCUACAAGAAACGAGAUUUGUGAGACCUGGGUCGUCACCUGCACUGCUGUCAACAUUCCACGGUCUAAGAGCGACCAUCCUCCAAUGAGGAAAUUCCUGAAUGAAAAAGUAAUCAAUGGCGGCGCCAUUCCAGGAUUUCACCAGCUUCAAGAGAAAUACUUGGGAGCAGUAUAUGAGAAGGAAAAAGAAGAGUUGAAGACACUUCUUGCAGGAAAACCUGUUGCUGUGAUAUUUGAUGAUACUCCAGAUGUAGAGGGGAGAUGCGUGCUGAACAUCCACUCAAGAAGGAUCAUUCUGGUCGGAUCUUGGCCUACCUUGCAGACACCGUGUUCCUUGAGCAGUGCAAUCAUUCCACUGUAUCUGUGGCUGUCGUGAAGUGCCUACAAGAAUACAGCAUUCAAAAUGAGGAUGUGAUUUUGUUUGACACAGAUAAUGCAGCCUACAUGAAGAAGGCAUUCAAAUCUGCUCUGCAGGUGCUGUAUCCCAACUCACUGCACAUCACGUGCAUGGCACACAUAAUGAACCUCAUCGGUAAUGCCUUCCGCAAACCUUUUGUUCAGUUGAACAGCUUCAUGAUGAGUUUCUCCCAGAUGUUCUUCAAUGCUGGAUCACGCAAGAGAAGAUAUCUCUACUUCAUGACAAACAAGCUGCCAAGAAAAAAGGUGACCAUGCCUCCAAACCCCUGUGCAACACGGUGGAACUCCUGGUUCUUUGCAGUACAAUACCACAGAGAGUACUUUGGACUGUACAAGAAGUUCAUCGAGAUGGAAACACAGGUGUGUGGCAGAAGUGUACCACAGUCUGUGGAGAGACUCCAGGACAUGCUUCAAGACCCAAACCUGGCUCAGUCCCUGAAUGUGCAGAUCAAUAUCAUGGCUGACAAUUGCAAACACAUCCUCAAUCUACUAGACAUCUUCGAGAGCAGACGCCCAGUGACCACAAAGAUCUUCAAUUAUCUGGAGGAUCUGCAGAUGGUCAUUGCUGCCAAUAAAGAGAUGCAGUAUGAGGUAUGUGACGAAUACUUCAAGGAGUUUGACCUGCCACGCCGCACGAAGACCGAGAUCCUCCGCACAGUUGGCGAGGCAUACGUCAAUGCUGAAGAAAAGCUCACCAAGUACAUGUCAGAUGGGCAGCCAGCCAUAGAGUUUCUCCAGGAGGUCAGGGUGUUUGAUCCUCGUCACAUCGCAUUCCUAGAUGACUGUAGAAAGCUACAAGGCCAUUCCAGGUUUCACUCACGUGCCAAGACAUGAAUUUGAUUCUUAUUUCACAGCCCUGGGUCCAGCAGCACUCAGAGCUGCACUGUCUGGCGUGGUGGAUUUGGAUGUGUUCUGGGAUGGCGUACAGGAGAGACUUCCUGUACUGUCUUCCUUGGCCCACCGAUACAAAGAUGCUGUCUCCAACUCAGCCGAUGCUGAACGAAGCAACAGCAUCUACAAGCUGGUGUUGUCCAGCCGAAGGAGAUCAACUACCAACCAAAACCUCAAAGCCUUGGUCUUCUUAUGCCAUAACAAACGGAUCCUCAGUGGAGCGUUUGAGAGGGAGGAGAGGGAGAAGGGAAAUGUGAUAGAGGGGGAGGAUAUGGAUAUUGAGGGAGAGGGGAUGGAGGAUGAUGAAUGAUUGGACAGUGACACAGACUAUGCAGUCGUUUUCAAACACAGUGGACUCAUUUAAUGCAGGAAUUAAUACAACUUGAGAGUUGUAAGAUUGCUCUUGAAAAAAUGUUGGUAACCUAUGUGUUCAUUUUUCAUACACUGAACUCUUGUUGAUGCAUUCAGUAGUUAAU